AUGCAGUCAACACUGCAGGGGGGGUGUUACUGGUUUGGGACGAGAGUUUUUGAAAAAGUUGAUUGUGCUGUUGGGCGAUUUUCUGUUAAUGUUUUAUUCAAGGGGGUUGUAGAUGAUUUUGUUUGGGCUUGUUCAGGAGUGUAUGGGCCUAAUGAGGAUUCUCAGCGGGGUGCUCUGUGGGAAGAACUCUCAAGGAUGCACUCCAGGUGGAAUACGACAUGGUGUGUUUUUGGGGAUUUUAAUACCAUUCGAUAUCCAAGUGAGAGAUUUGGUUGUGAGGCUUUUAGUCCGGCUAUGUUUGCUUUUUCAGACUUCAUUGAGGCGAAUUACCUUGUGGACUUACCCCUUGAAGGGGCUUCGUUUACUUGGUUUAGAGAUUCGGGUUCAGAUUGUAUGUCAAGAAUUGAUAGAACCUUGGCAUCAGUGGAUUGGGUGGAUCACUUUGGAAACGUGUCUCAAAGGGUUCUCCCUCGUGUAGUUUCUGAUCAUUGCCCUCUGUUGGUGGUGGCGGGUAGUGUUAAUAAAGGCCGGAGUGCCUUUAAGUUCGAGAAUAUGUGGUUGAAAGAAGAGGGUUUUGUUGAGAGGGUUCGACAAUGGUGGAAUGGGUAUUACUUUUCGGGUUCUCCUAGCUUUAUUCUGGGGUGUAAAUUAAAAGCUCUUAAAGAGGACUUGAAAAAGUGGAAUAAGGAGGAAUUUGGGGAUUUGGCCUUUAGGAAGAAAUGUCUUUUAUCGGAUUUGUUGGGUUUGGAUGCUAGGGAGGACCUGUCAGGUCUUUCUCAUGAGGAUCAAACUCGUCGUACUCAGAUUAAAGGAGAGAUUGCACAUCUUGCCUCUUUGGAGGAGAUUUCUUGGAGACAAAAGUCCCGGUUCUUAUUUGUGAAGGAGGGGGACAAUAAUACUCGCUUUUUUCAUCGGGUUGCAAACUCUUAUAGAAGAACUAAUUAUCUUCGGGGUAUAGAGGUGGAUGGUGUCCUAUAUGAGGAUGAGGAAGAGGUGCGGUCUAAGGUGGUCCACUUUUAUCAAAGUUUGUACACUGAGUCAGAUACUUGGCGCCCUUCUAUGGAUGGAUUAGAGUUUUCUAGCAUUGAAGAGGACGAGCAGCUUGAAUUAGAGAGGGACUUUUCUAAGGAGAGGUGGUAA